CUAUACAUUUAGUUUCUUCUUCCUCUGACUUCUGAGAAGCAUUUUAAAUCUUAAAGUGGAAGUAGCAGAGGCUUGCGUCUUGACAAUCUCCUUGAGUCUCCUUGCCUUGAUCUCGUCUCAUGUCUCCGCUAGUAAAUUCAGAACACGCUCUUAAACCGCACAGAUUUAUUUUUGUCGAAGAAAAUUCCUUCGAUGUAGAACUCACCUCCACUAAGAAAACAUUCCCGAGGCGUUCUCCAUACUGCAGGAAUGCAUGCGAUUUCUGCCACCUGAAGAAACGAAAAUGCGAAUUCACUGGCACUACAAGCAAAGUCUGCUCGAUGUGUGUCCGUUUCGGACGUAAGACCUGCUCGUACAAGCGUCAAUAUAUCUUCGACUACCAAAAUCAUCGAUCUGAUCCUAAAGUGCCUGGAAAAAGAGGGAUAAAAAAUGUUUGCGCUAAUGUUGCCAUUAAGGAAGAGCCCCGCGAAGAUCAAGCGCUCUCCAAGUCUGACCACCACCAAACACAAUCGUCUUCAUUUCGAAAGUGUGGCCACACAAUGCACGACACCUACCAGAGCGAUCCUUACCACAACUGCACUGAGAGCAAACAGCUUAUGUCGGGUAUUCGAAGACUCCCUCCGCUUGUUCCUCGAACUACAUACUACCCGCCAAUCGAAGUCCCCAUCAAUCCCCAAUUGCCUCCGAUUUUACUUGGUGAACGGUCAAGGUUGCAGCAUGAUUUCAGGCUCCCACCUCUCCGAUUACUGAUCGCAGAACUGAACUUAGCGAAUUAAUUCGCUGCAGAAUGGUGUUGUAAAUUGAAUGUUAGAUUAGCGUUCGACGAUAUCUUGCCGGUUUUAAUAUACAU